AUGGCAAGCCUUCAGUUAGCAACACCCUUCACGCGCUUCAGAUGGGGGCAGCCCACACUCAAGCUCUCCACUGCUUCACGGCUGAACCCUCGGCAAGGGCAUGGUUUGCGUCCACUGACUGUGAGGUCCUACAAAGUGGUGAUUGAACAGGAGGGACAGACCACUCCACUGGAAGUUGAAGCUGACGAGACCAUACUGUCAAAGGCAUUGGAAUCAGGCUUGCCUGUGCCUCAUGACUGCAAGCUUGGAGUUUGUAUGACAUGCCCUGCUCGUCUCAUCAGUGGAUCUGUUGAUCAGAGUGAAGGAAUGCUCAGCGAUGAUGUGGUGGAGCGAGGUUAUACACUCUUGUGUGUCUCCUACCCUCAAUCCGAUUGUCAUAUUAAGGUUAUCCCCGAGGAGGAGCUGCUGUCAUUGCAGUUGGCCACAGCCAAUGACUAGUCUGUGUUUGAGUUUUGAAUGUAGAGUCGUUAAUUCCAAGCUGCUUUUGAUGCUUCUGAUGCUGCUGGCUUUGGUUAACAGCGUUGAGUCUUUGCUUGUUUCUAUAUUCGAUGAUGUAGCUCUGGCUUUUUAUAUACUUCUGUUCUAUUAUGCAGUUUCUUAUUGAUGCAUGAAACACAAUUGUACUUGUACAACAUUUGAUUCAUACUAGAAUAGACACCAACUUUCCAACAA